GGUUUUUUAGGGUUAAAUAAGGGAGUUUAUAUUAUUAUUAUUGAAGAUGUCGCAUUUUCUUAAUAUUAUAUCUCAUCCCGAUCUUAUCGAGAUGAUUGCAGAAUAUAUGCAUUUUAUUGAUCUGGUUUCUUUGUCAUGCGUUUGUAAAAUAGCACGAUAUGUUAUAUAUGAUAAUUAUCGAUGUUGGCGAAUGAUUGAUCUUAGCUAUACUAAAGGUAAUAUGCAUGAACGAUAUCAAAAUGCAAAAGAAACACAUUUAGCAACAUUUAAAACGAUACAAUUACUUUUUAAACGAAGUAAUAUACCAUUGAAAUAUUUAACGGUGAUUAUAUUAGAUUUUUCGGCAGUUCAAUAUCCAGCAGUUCGAUUUAUUAUGUUACAAGCCGGUUUAAGCCGAUUAAAAAAGAUUAGCCUUCGACAUUGUCGAUUUAUAUCACUUAAAGAUCUAAACAGCAUUCUUAUGACGCUACAAAGAGUUUGGACAGGUGAAACAAAUUAUUAUAAACAAUCUUCUUCAUCAGCGAUUACACCAUAUGUUCUCAAAGAAUUGAGAGUUCGUUAUAUGAAAGGGUUACCGAAAUAUGCAAAAGAUCUUUAUUAUAAUUAUAGUCAAUAUAAUCUUUUAUAUAUAUUUAGAGAAAUUGCAAAACUUUUGCGAUUUGAGACAGAUGUGGAAACGUGUUCGAUGAAUUAUCCAAAUGAUUUGUUACAUAAUAGACAAAUAUGUAUAGAUUAUUGGGAUGAUCAUGAACGAAUAGAUUAUAACAUAUAUUAUUCAACGGAAAAUCUUUUUUUCGAUUUAAAUAAAGCAUAUAGAAAAUGUGAUAUUCAUCCAGAAAUUGCGAAUUAUAAAUUCUGUAGAGUUUGUCUUCAAAAUUCUCAGUGUUCUAAGUGUGGCGAAAGCGUAUGUCCUCUUUGUCAAGGUGUAGAUCAGUGUAAUUUAUUUUAUUUGAAUAUUCAAGAACAAGACUCAAAUAAACAUGUGCCAUUGAAAGUAGGGUUUUGUCAACAAUGCGGUAUAUUAUGUAAGAAUUGCAGAAAUAACGAUAUUUUCAAUUGUUUAAUUUGUCUGGUACCUUAUUGCGCAAUUCACAUGUCUUCUAAUAUUAAAUAUUGUUGCGAAAUUGGCGGUGAAGGCGUUUGUAAUAAAUGUACUUUUAAAAAACCUUGGCUUCAACAAUGUUUUGGCGGUUGUAGACGCAUUAUCUGUAAAAAAGAAGUAGCAGGGAAAUGCUUUAAAUGUCAUGAAAAUAUUUGUUGGCAGUGUAUAAAAUUAUCAAUGCCUCUUGAAUCAUCUUUCAUGAAAUCAUCUUUUACCGAUCAUUUUUCAACCUCUUUAGGUUUUCAUAAUACUUUAGAAGAUACUAGUGCUGUUAUCUUUAGAGAACGCAUUUUAAAAACAAUAUGUAUUUCAUGCAAACUAUUGGUUCAUAUGAGGAAACGCAAAUUAGAAUCUCAAAAAAUUUCUAUGAUUUAUGGAUUAAAGACUAAACGAUUUACAAAACAUAUGGAUAGAAGGAAUUUAGCAUUGAAAUUAUACCAAUAUUCAAUAAAACCAAUUAAAUUUUGGACUAAAAAAUCGUUAACUUUCCAUCCUAAUCAAAAUAAUUUAAACAAGAUUCAGCUUUCUUCGAUAGAGUAUAAUAAUAUGGAUUUUACACAUUUUUCUAGAAUUCCUUCUCAUUACCUUAAAUUUAUUAAUACAAUAAGACUUGCAAUUAAUAACGAACUGGCAAAUGGCAUAAACAAAAAAGACUUGGCUAAUUUAAUCAUUGAGAUAACUAAUAAUAUACUAACUAACUAAUUAAAAAUCUUGCUUAAUAUUUAUAAUCAUAUAUUUUAAAU